ACAUACACUCACUCACACACACACACACACUCACGCACAUGCACAUAUAUAUAUAUACAUAUAGACAAACCAGAUUAGCCAAUAUUUUUAUUAGAAAAUCUCUGCCUUGUCAAUUAAGUUUAAAUGUGACAACAAUAUCUUGACCUUUACCGUCUCCCUGGCAAACAUUUUAUUUACAAUUUAAAUUACUAUCUAUAUUAUAUUUUCAAAUUUACUUCCGUCCUAUUAAGCAAUCGAACGUGUGCAUUCAGGAAGACGAAGGAGUAUACACAAGACAGACAUUUACAUAUAUGUAAAUUUCGCUGAACGCAAACUCACACAUGUAAAUAUAAAAAGCUAGCUAUAUAACUAUACAAGGCUUCUCACACGUAUAGAAGGAAAGAAAGGGAUAUGUGUACAUAAGGGCAGAACUUGACUAGUUAUGUUAAACUCUGCAUCUUUUCCACAAGUGUCCCCUCACUUGUGCCAAGUGUUUAUACUGUUGCUGUGGUCCCUGAUCUACCAGGCAAAUGGCCAGAAUUUGGAAGACAGAGCAGUAUUGAGUGCAUAUGGAGAGGAGGACCCAUCUCAGCUGGUACAUUUCUGUAUCCCAUACAACCAUGAGUUUCAUGUGCUACCAGAAAGCCAGUCAGCAGCUAAGUUCUACCGUCUGGUCGACUUCAGUUCAGCCACCGGGUGCUCCGAAGAUACAUAUGUUGAUGCCAACCUAAGUCAGGCUGUGGUCACAGUGAUGCGUGGUGAUUGCAGCUUCUCCGUGAAAGCAUCUAUUGUUGCCAAACUUGGUGCUGUUGCCAUUAUAAACAUUUCACCAAGUAACGAAAGUCUGAUUAUCCCUGGGGGUAAUAAAACUGACUACAUGAACAUCAACAUCUCUGUGGCUCUAAUGAGGGAUAUUGAAUUUGCCACUAUUAAACAUCUUGGUGACAAUAUUAAAUGCCAGCUGUACUCUCCGCAACCAACUCUGUUUGGACUCACGGAAGCUGUUAUCUUUCUCCUUGCUCUCAUCAGCAUUGUCAUUGGAAGUUACUGGUCUGGUGUCCUCUUCUACGAAGAAACCAAUUUGAAAAAAAUUAAUGAAGACGUUUCUGAAUCGCCUCCCACACGGAAUGAAGUCACUGCUGAAGGGCACAAACCUUUGGAGUCAGAAAAUUCUGACGAUGCUGAUAAAGAAAGGAAAUUGAAGGCUUCCCAAAAACUACUUUCCAUCUCUGUACCAGUCGUUAUAUUUCUCAUUAUCGUCAUGAGUAGCUUUCUGCUUGGCCUCUACUUCUUCUACAACUACCUAGUAUAUGUUGUGAUUGUUAUAUUCAUGGUUGCUGCUUCCAUUGCAUUCUACUCAUGUUUUAAACCUUUGUGGAACUAUAUAAUUCCAGGAAAACAACGAUUAAAGUUUAAUCUAGGUUCCUGUUGUAAAGCAGAUAUUAUGUAUAAAGAAAUUGUGCUACUGAUGUUGGGUUUUGCAGCUGGUAUCACAUGGCUAGUUCUCAGACACAAACCAUAUUCCUGGAUCUUGCAAGAUAUUCUAGGAGUGUUGUUUUGUAUCAAUGUCUUGAAAAACCUUCGAAUUCCCAGCUUAAAGGCUGGCACCCUACUUCUAGGAAUGUUCUUCCUUUAUGAUAUAUUCUUUGUGUUUUUGACACCACUGUUUACCGAGAAUGGUGAAAGUGUAAUGGUUGAUGUAGCAACAGGCAAAAGUGGCCAUCAUUCAGAAUCAGCUGCCAGUAACAGUAUGCCUCGGUCCUUAAAUGUACCAGACAAUAAAAAAGAUGUAAGCUCAACUAGGGAAGUUGAACAGCUCCCUCUAGUUUUCCGAGUGCCUCCUUUGUUUCCGUCUCAUCCCUCAGUGUGUUUUGUACAGGAGUCGCUUCUGGGCUUUGGCGACGUCAUAUUACCAGGUGUACUGGUUGUCUACAGUCAUAUUUUUGAUAUCUAUGUCCGAGCAAAGAAACUUUAUCUCGUUAUUUCUAUUUUUGAAUUUUCUAAAAGCCUCACCUCCAGUUGAAGAUAGAUCUCUCUCCCAGGAGACCCUCCCAGAUGAUGUUGAAACACCACCCAUUUCUACAAAGCCUGACCAGUCUAAAAGAAAUGAGAACGACCACUUACUAAAUUAGUUGCCUAAUGAAUAUUGGGAUGCAAGAAAAUCACUGACUUUUACACCAUCUUUCUGGCAUUACAUCAUGCCAAGCCUUUUGGUUUGUGAAUAUCCGUGUUUCUCCCUGUGUGUGAGUGUGUGUGUAUGUACACAGAUGUGUGUGUGUGUGUUUAGUGUGUACACUCAAUUUGAAAUAAGAGUAAAUGUAUAAUGCAUAAAUUUUAUAUGUAUAUAUAUAUAUAUAUAUAUAUAAUAUAUAUAUAUAUAUAUAUAUAUAUAUAUAUGACAGGAAUUGUAACAAAUGUUCCAUUCCAUCUUAGCAAAGUGUGACUGCCAAAACAAAAGAUAAACCAACUGAGUAGGCUGAGAAUGGCAGAGUUGAUAUCAAUUUAGGCUACAGAAUCUCAGGUAUUAAGUUAUCCUUUUUACUAAAUAUUUUAGGCAGGAGGCCCUUUAUUCUGCCUUGUUUGAGUUCUGUUGCUUCUUGAAGGAAGGGGUACCAGAAUCACAAGAAUGUCACCUUUAUUAUAAACUAGCAUUCUAUCCAGGAACAGAUUUAGCUCUCAUUUCCUUAGUGCCAUGAAACUAAAGCUGAGCACUGGCUAAACCUGCGAGACCCUUACAUGUUCUACUGGUAUCCAUAGCUCAUUGCAUUGUCUCUUGACAUAUUAGCUUCACAUAUCCCACUCCUCUCUCCAUGACAUCCCUUAUGAUAAUAAAAUCCAAGUUAAGCUUUUAGGUGGUCAUUAAGUGUAGCUACUGUGAGGAAAAUAUCUGAGUGUGUCUGAGGAGCUCAGUACAAGAGAGAGCUUUCUAUGUCUCAUGACAACUAAAUUUAUUACCAUCUACAAACUCUCUUUAGAUUCUUUUACUAGUGUUGUCAGUGCGGUCAUUUGACCAUUUUCCUCGGAUUCCAGAUUUUAUCCUUAUCUCCAUGUUAAAAUUCUACUAAUGAAUUAUUACUUCCUUUUACUAGCUCAGUGGACACCAGAUCAUUUGAGACUUGACCAGACACAACACAAUGCCUGUUGUGCAGGUUAUAAACCAUCAACUGUUCAGAUAACAGUUUGACAUCAUAUCAGCUGAAACCAGCAAAAUAACUUGCCUGUAUUUGGUAAAAUUUCUUUGCAUUCUCUCUGAAUCCUGUUUUGGUUAACUUUCCCUUUUCCUCCUCCAAGGGCUGAUAAAAUAAUCAUUAUUUCGGACUUCAUUAAAUAUACUAUGCCUCUCUUCCCACCGGGGUUACAUUUCCCUUUCAUCUUUUGGGGUUGGUAACAUAAGUACCAGCUGAGCACUGGGGUCAGUGUAAUUGACUAAACCCCACUUC